AUGUUGAGUAAAAAUAAUGUGCUUGUAAUUCUUGUGUUAUCUGUUGUCUAUCCUCUUGUCUCAAGAUAUAUAAACAAAUCAAGUCUUGGUGAGUUAUUGGUGACGGAUGAUAUCAAGAAUGAGUAUGAUUACGUCAUUGUUGGCGGAGGGUCUGCUGGUUCUGUCAUAGCUGCAAGAUUAGCAGAAGACGCAAAUAAUAGAGUGCUUUUGUUAGAGGCCGGGAAUCAUUUCGAUAUAGACCAGAACAUACAUGUACCUGCAAAGGCUUUUAACUUUGUACCAACGGACUUCGCAUGGCAAUUUAAAAGUGAAACGGAAGAUGGAAGAUUUCAAGGACUUAAAGAAAAAAAGACCAUAAUGAACAAAGGGAAAGUUUUAGGUGGCUCAAGUUCGAUAAAUGCCUGUACGUAUGCAAGAGGCAGUUCAUUUGAUUUUAACAAAUGGGUAACAAAGUAUGGAUGUGAAGGUUGGGGGUAUGCCGAUCUCUUGCCUUAUUUCAAAAAAGCAGAAGAUGUAAAGAUACCAGACUUAAAGGCAUCUGAAUACCAUGGAAGUGGUGGACCUAUUGCAGUUUCUGAUUCCUAUCAAACUCGCGUCUGGAGGCAUUUCCUGGACGCUGGAAAAGAAAUGGGCUACUACGAGACAGAUUAUAAUGGUGCAUCACAAACUGGAUUUAGUAGGGUACAAAUGACUGUUCGUAAUGGAGUACGCAGUAGUACAGGGCUCGAAUAUUUGGGCAAACAAGGUAAAAAAUCAAACCUUGAUGUUUCCAUCAACACUUUUGUAACUAAGAUCAAAAUUGAGAAAAAUGUUGCAAAUGGUGUUUAUUUCAUAAAACACGGAAGAAAACGAUAUGUUAAGGCAAGAAGGGAUGUUAUAUUAUCAGCAGGCGCUAUUAAUUCGCCACAAUUAUUAUUAUUAUCUGGAGUUGGUCCUAGGAAACAUUUGGAAGACUUAGAUAUACCACUGAUCAAGGAUUUACCAGUAGGACAAAGACUAGAUGACCAUGUGAGUGUUAUCUUAAAUGCCAAAAUCAAUCAAUCAAUUGGUCUCGUCCCAGAAAACUUCAGGGGAUUAUGGCCAAGAAUCCAAUAUGCAUUGUUCGGAUCAGGCGUUUAUACCGCGAUUACUGAAGCGACAUCAUUUAUGCACUUUGACAAAUCAAAAGUUGACAAAAAAUGUCCAGACAUUCAGUUUUUGCUCUCAUCUAUCUUUAUAGGGAACAAUGAUAUUUUGAAUUACAAUGAUUCUAUUGCAGCUGAAUUAAUUGACCACUACAAGGAUGCUUAUGCUGUAUCUGUAAUGAUAAUUUUGUUACAUCCAAAGAGUACAGGUACCGUGCGUUUACAGAGUACCGAUCCUUUUGACAGCCCUAUAUUAGAUACAAAUAUACUCAAUGACAGACGGGAUGUAGCUGAUUUACUAGCAGGUAUCCGGAUGUUCGAGGAAUUUAUAUCAACCCAAGCAAUGCAAGAACUAGGUGCAGAUUUAAGCAUUAAUAAAGCAUCAUUUUGCGCUCAACAUGAAUUUAGAUCAGAUGAUUUCUGGAGAUGCAUGAUUCGUCAUAUAGCUAUCAGCUUUUAUCACUCAACCAGUACAUGUAAGAUGGGAAAGAAAGAUGAUAUGACGUCUGUGGUAGAUCCGGACCUUAGAGUAAAGGGAAUGAAAAAUCUUCGCAUUUGUGAUGCCUCAGUGUUUCCGGAAGUAACAUCGGGUAAUACAAAUGCACCUGUCAUUGCCGUUGCGGAAAAGUUCGCAGACAUGCUUAAGAGUGAACUUCGUCAAGAAUAA